AUGGUGAUGAAUACCAACGACAGCAGUCUAACAGGCUUUAUCCUGCUGGGGUUUUCUGAUCAUCCUCGGUUACAGAAGAUUUUAUUUGUGCUCAUCCUGAUCUUCUACUUACUAACAAUUUUGGGGAACACCACGAUCAUCCUGGUGUCCUGCCUGGAGCCCCAGCUCCACACUCCAAUGUACUUCUUCCUCUGCCACCUCUCCUUCCUGGACCUCUGCUUCACCAGCAGUGUUAUUCCCCAGCUCUUGGUGAACUUGCGGGAACCGACAAAGGCCAUCACCUACAGUGGCUGCGUGGCUCAGCUCUACAUCUCCCUGGCUCUGGGAUCCACAGAGUGUGUCCUGUUGGCAGUGAUGUCCUACGAUCGCUACAUGGCCAUCUGCCGUCCCCUCCGCUACCCUGUGCUCAUGCACCCCCAGCUCUGUAUGGCUCUGGCAGCUUUGUCAUGGCUCAGUGGAGUGGCCACCACCCUGGUCCAGUCCACCCUUACCCUGCAGUUGCCCUUUUGUGGGCACCGCUUCGUGGAUCACUUCAUCUGUGAGGUCCCUGUGCUCCUCAAGCUGGCUUGUGUGGACACCACCUUCAACCAGGCUGAGCUCUUUGUGGCCAGUGUCAUUUUCCUGAUAGUGCCCGUGUCUCUCAUCCUGGUCUCUUACGGCUGCAUUGUCCAGGCAGUUCUGAAGAUCAAGUCAGCCGCGGGAAGACAGAAAGCAUUUGGAACCUGCUCCUCGCACCUCAUGGUGGUCGUCAUCUUCUAUGGGACCAUCAUCUUCAUGUACCUGCAGCCGGCCAAGAGCCAGUCCAAGGACCAGGGGAAGUUUGUUUCCCUCUUCUACACUGUGGUGACCCCCAUGCUGAACCCUCUGAUUUAUACUCUGAGGAACAAGGAGGUCAAAGGGGUACUGAAGAAAAUACUGCUGAAGUUUCUGAGGAUAAAUUCUGUAUGA